AUGGAUCCCCAGCAGCGGAUGCGGCUUGAGCUGACUUACGAGGCCGUGGAAAACGCGGGCUUGCCCUUAGAUAACUUCACCGGGAGCAACACGGCAGUAUACACAGGUAUGACGUGGAACGACUACGCCAUCAGCCUGUUUCGCGAUGUUGAUGCGACGCCGAAGUACAUGUCGACCGGUGCGUGCAGCGCCAUUGCUGCGAACCGUGUCAGCUACUUUUUCGAUCUCCACGGCCCGAGUCUGGUCCUUGAUACAGCAUGCUCGUCGACCAUGUACGCUCUACACCACGCCGUGGCUGCUCUGCAUGCAGGCGAGGCCGAAAUGGCUGUUGUUAACGGGUCCAAUCUUAUACUGAACCCAGACAUAUUUGUUGCCAUGUCCGAGAUGGACUUCCUCAGUCCCACGGGGCGGUGUCGCACCUUUGACGCCGCUGGAGACGGCUACGUGCGUGCUGAGGGCGUCUUAGCCCUUCUCCUCAAGCCUCUGGACAAGGCUCUUCGGGAUGGCGACCCAAUCCGCGCCGUCGUCAGAGGCACCCGUGUCAACCAAGACGGUAGAACCCAGGGAUUGACCCUCCCCAGCUCCGAGGCCCAGAGGGCCAAUAUGCAAGCGCUGUACGCUGAGAGCCGUCUCGACCCGGCGGACGUGCAGUACUUCGAGGCACACGGUACCGGCACGGCGGCUGGUGAUCCAUUGGAGGUGUCCGCCAUAGACGAGGUCUACGGGCGUCCUGCUUCUUCUGAUGAGAGCCAGCGCCCGCAAAAGCUCGUUGUCGGCUCAGUCAAGAGUAACGUCGGCCACCUCGAGGCAGCGGCAGCCCUUGCUGGCCUCGUCAAAACGAUUGAGGCGCUCGAAAGAGGCUUCAUCCCGCCCCAGAUGCACUUUACUACACCUAACCCAAAGAUUGACUUCACCCGCCUGGAGGUGCCCACAAGCCUGAUGCCUUGGCCAAAGACCCGAGAUGGCGUGCGACGGGCUGCUAUCAACAGCUUCGGCUUUGGGGGCUCCAACGGGCAUGCUGUACUCGAACACUAUGACCACAGGGAUGGAGUUGCGAAGGCCGUUUCAUCACCAUCCUAUGACCGCUCUUUUCUGUUUAAGAUCUCAGCGAAUAAUGAUGCAAGCCUUACCGAAGCCACCAAACGCCUUAUCGACUACAUUGCUCGGCACGACCCGACGCCCAUAGACCUCGCUCACACGCUUCUGGCUCGGCGUUCAACGCACAAGAGAUCCAUCAUGCUGACCGCUUCUUCCACCUGCGAACUCGCACAAAAACUCGCCGAAAACGAUGUCAAUCCGCAGGAAAAAAGCACCGGCAAACCGAAAAGGGUGGCAUUCAUCUUCACUGGCCAAGGCGCGCAAUGGCCAUCUAUGGGGAAGCAACUCAUCGAUGCAUCUCCCCUCUUCCGGGCUAUUGUCAAGCAGAGUGACGAGGUCUUGCACAGUCUCGAUGACGGGCCAAGCUGGAGCGCCAUGGAGGAGCUGAGCAAGCCUAAGCAGACAUCGCGUGUGUACGAAUCAGCCCUGUCGCAGCCGCUUUGCGCCAUCCUCCAGAUUGGUCUCGUUGAAUUGUGGCGGUCCUGGGGCGUUUCGCCAGUCGCCGUUGUGGGACACUCAUCGGGUGAGAUAGGCGCGGCAUACUGCGCUGGCAUCAUGCCCUUGCGUGACUGUGUCAUUGCCGCAUACUACCGCGGCCUAUACCUCGGCAGCGGAGCUUCAGAAAAGCAAAUAGAGACGGAGAGCGCCCCCGAGCUCAAGGGCAGCAUGUGCGCCCUCUGGCCGCCGUGA